GGUAAACGCGACGCCCAUGGUGAACCCGGCCGUGCAGCCGCCGUGGGCCAUCAGCACGCCGGCCACGACCACUGCCGAUCCAGUUGCUACCAAGCAAGAGGAAACUGCGAUUGUUAAUACAGGGUCGCCGUCGUCGACUCGGAAUAUCGCAAUUUAUGUCGGCAUCAGCGUUCUACUCUUCAUAAUCUUUGUCGCACUACUCAUCACAGUCCGCUGCUAUAUCAUAAGAAAAAAUACGAGAAACUCCAAAAACGGCGAUAUGUUCAUCGCCGAAGCACCCAACGUGUUCAACGAUGCUGUCUCAGACAUCGACAACGAUAUUGACGUGACGCACAUGUCAGGCACUUUCUACGACCCUGUACAUCCGGACAUGAUAUUAUAUAGGGAUGUGCCUGGCAGUAAAGGGACCUUACGCGCUAUGAGACCCUUAUCAACCAUAUACCCUUGUGCCGGCGCCAGCAUGUACGGUAAUUUAGAUUACGUCCCGCCGCAGUACAGAGAAGUUGCGGCUGGCAGGCUCAGUAGAGAAGCGAGUAGGGAAAAAGAAGAUGAAGUCGAUCAGGAGGUAGUAGUUAGCCCUAAAAGUUUGAAUAGGUUUUCAAAUUCUCAAUAUUAUUACGGCUGACGCCGGUGUGACAGGCCGGAUGAUGAUGAGACUAGGACUUACUGUUUUUAGGGGCACUGUAAAUGUAUUGUCAAAUAAUUAUAUGAGAGUUUUAUUUGUAAAUAUAUUAUUGUAAUUUUAGCAAUGAUCUCAUGUACAGAUAUUAAAAAAAAUACACUUUUAUUCGCUCUUUAAAAGGAAUAAAGAAUUUAAGCUAGAAUAAUUAUCGCCCAUUGUCAUUAUUUUGUUUGAAUUUGUUAUUAAUGUAGGAAUGUCAACUAACUUGUUAGGUAAAACCUAA